AGGCGGGGAAGUAUAUAAGGGAGCGCUCGGGUAGCGAAGGCACAGGUCAGCCAGCGUGGUUGUGGCAUCAACAUCUCUCUUCCUGCUCCCCCAGCCAGCCUCUCCCAGCACCAUGAAGACUCUCGCUGUUCUUCUCGUCAGUGUGUCCGCCGCUGCCGCUUUGUCGGUAAUGGCCCCACAGAGCGCAGCAUUUGGCACCCCUGGACAGGCAGUUGGGGCCCCUGCUGCUGCCGUGCCUGCUGCUGCUAAUGGUGCUGGUGCUGGUGCUGCUGGUGGUGCUGCUGGUGGUGCUGCUGGUGCUGGUGGUGCUGCUAAUCUUGGAUUCGUGGAUUACGGUCCCAAGGUGUACGGUCUGGGAGCCAAGAACCAGUUUGCUCUUCCUCCCAACCCAUUCCUCAUCCAGAGAGCUCUCGCCGUGGCCAACAGUGUCCCCAAUGUUCUGGUGCGCCUGGACCUGAACGGGGAAGUCACGCUCACCAACCAGUUCGGCCAGGAGGUGGAUGUGGUCGAUGCUUUUGGCAGGGAAAUUGAACUCGAAUAUUAAGCAAAAUUAAUCUAAAACUCUAAUAUAAAAUAAUUCACUUCAUUCGGUUUAAAAAAAGUCAAUAAAAUAGAAAUUCGGUACUCAAAAAGGAAUUAUAUCUAUAUUGCUUUUUAUUUUUCGUCUUACUCUGUUCUCUUUUGUUUUUUUUUCUGUAUUUUUUUCUUCUUUUCUUGCUUUAUCUUGUUUCAUCAGUUAGUUCUUUACUUAGUCUUCGUCUCUUCAUUGUUUCGUGUAAGUUAAUCUCUAUCUUGAAAAAAUGUAUCUUAUAUAAAAAAAACAAAUGUGCAAAUAGAAUGUUGUUGUAAAUAGCUCUCUCUGUCCUCUCUCUCUCUCUCUCUCUCUCUCUCUCUCUCUCUCUCUCUCUCGUUAUCAUUAUUAUUAUUAUUAUUGUUGUUAUCACCCAAGAAGAUCCAUGAUGCCCACCCUGACCUAAUCACACCCAGGGGACACGAGCUGCCCUCCCCUUCCCUCCCUUCCCUAUCCUCUUCCCUCCCCCUGCCAGCUGGUGAGGGGCGGGACGGACAUGGGGCGGGGCAGGGUUUGGGGGGCGCCUGGCGUGCUUCCCCUGGUCCCUGGCUGCUCCUCUCGCCACUAUGCUGUCCAGGCUAACACUGUGAAUAAACGGUGCUCAAAACGAAA